CCCGGCUCUGGCAGGCUCCGAGGGUCCGGCCGGGUGUAAUUCCCCCCUAAUCCCCGCCACGGCGGCGCUUCCCCGGCCGAGCCAUGUCUGCGGCUUCCCCGCCAUGCCGAGCCUAGCGGGGAGCGGGAGGACUGGCGGCCGGGAGGCGCACAAAAUGAAGACCCUGAUGCGCCACGGGCUGGCCGUCUGCCUGGCGCUCACCACCAUGUGCACCAGCUUGUUGCUCAUGUACGGCGGCAUCGGCAUCGGCGGGGGCCGCCCGGAGCCGCGGCGGCAGCAGCAGCAGGUGGCGGCGGUGCCCAGCCGCCCGCCGGAGCGCGGCCAGCGCCCCCCGGCUCUGCCCGUCGGGGCCGGCCUCCUGGAGGGCUACAUCAGCGUCCUGGAGCACAAGCCAUUAAAGAUGCACUGCAGGAGCUGUGCACUGGUCACCAGCUCUGGACACCUGCUGGGGAGCAGACAAGGGCACAGGAUCGACCAGAGCGAGUGCGUGAUACGGAUGAACGACGCGCCCACGCGCGGCUACGGAAGAGACGUUGGCAACAAAACCAGCCUGCGGGUCAUCGCGCACUCCAGCAUCCAGAGGAUCCUACGCAAUCGCAACGAACUCUUAAACAUGAGCCACGGCGCCGUGUUCAUCUUCUGGGGCCCCAGCAGCUACAUGAGGAGAGAUGGCAAAGGCUUGGUCUACAACAACCUGCAGCUGAUGAACCAGAUUCUGCCUCAGUUAAAAGUGUACAUGAUUUCUCGACACAAGAUGCUACAAUUUGAUGACCUUUUUAAACGGGAGACUGGAAAAGACAGGAAGAUAUCCAACACUUGGCUCAGCACGGGCUGGUUCACAAUGACUAUCGCGUUAGAGCUCUGUGACAGGAUAAAUGUUUAUGGCAUGGUGCCACCGGAUUUCUGCAGGGAUCCUAAUCAUCUUUCAGUACCUUAUCACUACUACGAACCUCUGGGGCCAGACGAGUGCACCAUGUACCUCUCCCACGAGCGGGGCCGCAAGGGCAGCCACCACCGCUUCAUCACCGAGAAGCGCGUCUUCGAGAGCUGGGCUCGGACAUUCGACAUCCGCUUCUUCCAGCCCGACUGGAAGCCGGAGCCGCUGCCCGUCACCCAGCCCGCGCUGAGCCCGCUGGCCUGAGCCACUGCCAGCCUGGGGACCCGGCGGCAGCCUGAGAGGGCAGCAGGGGCAGGAAGGUGGCCUGAGCAGCAGCACACAGCAAGAGAACUUUCUGUUAAACUGUAUGAACCCAGUCUGUCUGUCGCCUUUUGGGGCCGUCUGACUUCCUGUGUGUGUUUGUGAUUCGUGAAACACAGCCUGAGUGUCAUUAAGGGAUGGUUAAUUCAUUAUGGCUUUUCUAAGUCCGAUGCCACUGAAUUUUCAUAGUGAAAAACUUUCUGUAUUUAUUUAAUGGAGGUUUUUAUGCAACCUAGGCCAGUAUUUUUCUAAUUCACACUUACGUGGUUGUUUAUCUUUCAUAAUAUUUUAAAUCCAAAAUUAAUAUUGCUGAUGGUUUGAAAGGCCUAGAUUUUUAUUUAUAAAACUUAUUUGAAAUAUAUAAUUCUAUAUAGCAUGUAAUUAAUAUUUGAUCGGGAAAUGUUGGAUUUCUUCUAAGAAAUUUGGGCUCUGUUCCAGCCUAAAGCCUUUAACAGCAAGAGUGGUCCCAUGUGCAGAUCCAGCUCACUUUACAUCCUGACAUCCUACGUUAAUAUGAAAAUGGUAGUGAAAAUUCUGUUUGAUAUUAAUGUGCAUUUGCUGCCGUGCUAUCAAGCUGCUGUUUUUUAAAUAGGAGUGGGAGGAAGGAGGGCAAACAAAAUCUAUCCAAAAAAAGCCAAACCCCCCACUGGCCAUGGCAGCAGCUUCUCAGUGAAGGCAAGCUAAGGCUGGGGGGCUUGUGUUCUGUUUUGCCUCUUGUAUUCCCACAAGAGGCUGCCAGCAACCCUCCCAAGGCAACAGACUACAAACCAGGCCACAGCUGCUCAACACCAUGAGACCAAAUUUCUGGAAUGAAGAAGGUAAACUACUACAAUACCAGUCAUAGUAGCCAGAAAGAUCACAGCACUGCACCUGCAAAAAGUCUCUGCCUUCCACUGUAGCAAGAUCAUCACUGAUCUCAAAGAUUCUGGAUCACACUGAAGCUGGGAUGUAAAAAGCCUUCCAUGAGUACAAAAUUGUCCUCCUGAAAGGAGCAAACUUAAACUCUGCUUUUUUUUCCAUGAAGUACCUGUAUGUGCAUGGUGAGUCCCUGCAAGACAAAGGGGAAGGACAAUGCUCAUGCUGUGUAUGGAACCUCACAGUAGAAAUUACUGGGUUACAUGUGGCUUGUGAAUAAAGAAGAUUUCAGUUACAGUAUUACUUUUCCUUUUGCUUCACAAAUAUCAAAUCUGAAUUUUUUUUCAAGGUAAUCAGUAACUAUUGCAUGAAACAUACCUCAGGUGAUGAAAGGUGUCUCUCAUUAGACAAGUGCAAAAGCUAGAACAAAGAUACUACCUUUAAACACCUAAAUCCAAGAUGAACCUCAGAGGCGAGACACAGAACUGGGACCAAACACUCCAACUUAAACCCCCUUAUAACCCAUAGUCUUCCUCUUUCCAAAACUGGACAGCAAUAGCUGCAGCUGCCCCACAGAUACCCUGAUUCUCUGGGGACAAAGUGAACUGUCCUGGCAGGGGCAAACUGGUGUCACCUCUGUAACACUGCCUGGACCUGAAGAGAAGUCUCCAAGAGCCACUGUCCUGCUGCAGCCCUGCCCUCUAUCAAAAAGUAAGAAUCUCUAAUGUACUUUGCCUUAAAAGCUUUAUUUUGGUGUUCUUCCUGGUACACUCAGCCUACAAACUGAAUGCCAAGUGCUUGUUACCUUUCUCUUGUCAGCUGGUGUUAAACUCUCCUUCUUUCACUGAUGGUGUUUUAUUCCUUCCACUUGAUUUCACUGCAUUCUAUAAAAACCACAAUGGAUUUUGAACUAAUGGCAGUUUGAACAUCCCUUUCAACAUGUGUACUGGGGUAUGUAUCCAGCAAAUAUUGCUCCAGUUGAUGAAAUCUGUCAAACUGAUUUGCAGAUAAUUUCUAAUGUGACUGCAAGACAUGGUACAGAUCACAGUAGGUUCUCUGAUGCUACCGUCCCUGUUUUAUUACUGAUACAAUAAUAAAAAGAUCUUGUCAUUUUAAACUAGAGCUCUUUAGUUUUUCCAUCAGUCAAGGGCUGCAAGAUGUGUAUGCUACAUGUUUAGCUAUGUUAUUGUUAAAAACAGAUCAUUUAAAGAUAGAGUUCACUGGUCUACUUCUAGUAUUCUAUAAAAACAGAGACUUGCCAGACCCCAUUGUGUUCCACAGGCUUGUUCCCUGUCUGCAAGACUGCUCAGUGUCAAGUAGAUAUGGGGAAGCAUUAAGAAUAUGAAGAAACAUGGAAUAAACACUAAAUCUCUUAACAAAGCCAAGCAUGUAGUUCAUCCAAGUUCAUCCAAGGAACUCAUUCCUUACUCGGUUUCUGUUAAUAACUGUGUGUUCUUACUACCCUCAUACACACAUUUUAAACAAAACAAACCCAAACUCACUUUAGUCUCAUCAACCUCCUGUGAAGUUUCAGCAAGGUCCCCCAUCUAAUUACAAAAAGUAUGAAGGAGUAUUUUCUAAGUCACACCUGUAUAUAUAUAAAGGAAUUUUAUGAAGCCAAGGAGACAGCAAGUUUUAAACAGAUCACACAGAUUCACAUGGAACAUAAACUGAAUCCAAAAAGCAAGUUAUAAGAGUGCAAAAGAAAUGUAAAUAACUGUUGAAGCACUGCAAUUUUAAUUAACAAAUCACUGAUGUAUUUCUCUAUAAAUGCACCAUUUUUGAACUACAGAAUCCUGCUGCAUUUCAGCCUGAUGUAAGGUUUUAUGGCCUAGUUAUAAACCAAACAGACUUAUGACAGAAAAUGCUGUCAGCCCUAGGGAUAAGGAAUACAGACUAGGCAGUGCUGCCAUUCUCUGCUUUAUGCUGUCAUCUCACACUCUUCACUAUAAUUUGAUCAAUUCAUGAUCUGCAGUGCAUCAUUUCACAUAUUAAAAGCUGUUGCAAAACAGUGUUUACAGACAUCAGCAAUUUCAAGAUCUGUGUUAGUUUAGUUCUGAAUUCCUUGCAUACCUUUAGGCUUUUACACUUGCCUUUGUCAGAGGAGAUAUUUUUCAUCUUGAAGAACUGUAGCUCUUAUGCCGUGAUAUGUGCAACUGAAAUUGAGAAUGAUAAAGAAAACAUCUCCACAACUAAGAACAGAAAAGUACCACAGCUGCUUUGUGUUCUGUUGGCUCAGUGGUGACAGCACCAUGGUACAAAAUAAAACCAUGAUCUAUGUGGAGAAACCUUGCACCCAAAGUACUAAAGACCUCAGAAAGUUAACACUUGGCUCCAUCCAGCAGAACACACAGUGGUGCUGCCACAUACAGUAAACUAAUAAAAUAUUUCUGGAGCUGCUUACCAACUGAAAGGAAAUACCCUCCACUCUCUAGAAGAGACACACCAUCACUAAUAAUGUUUGUACAGAUACCUGUGAACAGCCUCUGGUAUUUGCUUAUGCCAAGAGAACAGCAUUUCAUCUUAACAGUCAUUAAAGAUGAAAACACUCAGCUGGCAUAAACCAAGAAACACUGAUUGUCUCCCCCUGCUCAGGUUUCUUUCUCCACUCAUUAUUUGUAGGAACCUCACUUUUCAGUCUGUGACAGAAGCACAGCUUAGUCACACAUUGUGUCAUCCUUUGAGCCUGGUCACAGGCACUCCAGGGGACAGGAGAGCACCUGGAUGUGAGUACAACCCUACUGGGGACCUACUUUUUUUUCAUUCAAUAAUAAAAAUGCAUUUUAAGAUGUGAUCCUGAAAGAGAGUUGAAAAACUGAAAUGACCAACAUCUAUUUUUAUCAUCCAUGAGUGUUCUGAACAGUAUCUUAAAACCCCACUGCAGGAGCUGUCAAUGCAGUUCCACAGUACAGGGUGCAGACAUGAAUACACUGAGUUUUUCAGUCAUGGGCACACUUGCUUCACAGACCUGUCCAAGCAGAGUCACAAAAUGGUGACAUUCAAUUCUGCUCAAAAAGUUCCCAUGCAAAGAAACAUCAAGAAACUGCCAUCUGGCUUGUCUUCUGGAUUCCAUUAAAAAGAUCAUCUGUGCACCUUGGAGGAAGCAUCUAUACUGCAAAGCACACUGGGCCUGCAGAACACAAAUGGUUUGUGACUGAGGAUGGCAUAGCUGGCUCCCAGAACCCACAUUCCAAACUGAACUUGAUGGCCUCCCUGGGAAAAUGAAAAGAUUACUAACCUUAAAUAAAAAAUAAAUAUACAUCACACAUUUACAGACAAUUCUGUAACAUUCCUGUACUUGCUUUCAGACUGUAAGUGUUCAAGGAAUAAAAGCUAUCACAGCAUAGGAAAUACUGUCUCAUAGGUGUAGCAUAAGACAACUUUAUGGUGUCUGAGAAUGAUCCAUUUCAACUCCUCACUUCUGUGCAUACAAAAAUGUUAAAAUGCCUGAAGCAUAGUUUGCUGCUUUCCAGUCAAACUGUUGUUCUCACUUCAAUUUAAUCACCUUCACAUGCAUAGUGCCUCUAUUCAUAAAUUGCAUUUUAAUAACCCACCUAAUUGCCUCCUUUUCCCUAAGCAGAUAAGCUUUUAAAAAGACAGAAUCUUUGGUAUCUUCUGCUACUGGCAAAAUUCAGCUGAGCUCUGUAGAUGUUUCUACUGCUUCCUGCAAAAGGUGGCUGAAAGAGGGAAAGAGAAAAAUUGAAUAAGGCCUGAGGAGUCCAAAUAAGUGUAACUGCAACUGAAGCAAGGCACAAAGCUCUAUCAACUUCACUUUAUACACUUUUUAAAGUGUGGAAAAACUUGCAUAUAAAAUAAAUAUUUUAUUAAAAUAUUUAGAACAAUUGAAAAAUAGUUGAUUAGGAAAGGAAAGCUAAGCAAAUCUUCUAUGGAAUUCUGUAGGAUUAAUCUCUAUACUGGGUCUAUACAUUUCUAAAUGGUCUAUGCACAGCAGAUUUUACUUAUGUAUUAGAAAUUGCUCAGGGGGACAAAAAGGGUUUUCUGAUUUUAUGAAAAGUCACCAUUAUAUCAGAUCUUGGGUAUGAAGUCAUUGCUUUUGAAGGACAUUAUCCAAAAAAACAACCCCCAAACCCAAAACACUGUGAAUAGGUUCAGACAUCCAGCACCAGGAAUGCUGCUCAGACCCAUCCCACAGAGUGCUUAUUUCCCAUAAAUUGCAUUGCUGUUAGCAGGGAGGAUCUGUGCACUGGUUACAUAAAAGCUUCUGAUCAGCACAGUGGGAAGACAUGCCCAGUAUUAUCUAGCCCACAAUAUCAGUUUACAGAGUUACAGGGACAGUAGGAAUGCUUUAGUUUUAAUCCCUACUCCUGGGCCUUAAGCCUCUGCUACUGAAAACAAUUCCAGCUCUUCACCAAGACAUGCCAUGAAGAGUUGGAGUAGGCAAAUGUUUACCUUCCCAUAAUGGAUCAAUUUGUACCUUCAACAUCUCCAGGCCUAGUAAAUUUUUGGAGAUAAAAACCCAAGGCUUUAGUUCUUGAGCUGUUUUCCCUGUUCUGUGGAAGCCUCAGUGGCUCCUCCACAGCCCUCCCAGGCUCUGACAGCUCACCUCCUCUCACCUGAGGCUGGGAUGCCACAAUCACACUGGAAGAGAAGAAAAGAAAAAAGAACAAAAAUGUUUAUGCACUCUGAUUUGUAUGUGCAAUAGGAAAUGCUCAGAACCAUAUUCUAAGAAAAAUACAUCGACUCUAAUAUUAUGUGUGAUUAUAAAUAAUUCCUAAUAACUUCUAGAGCUAUGUGCCUAGUACUUACACCAUGGCUGCAUCAGGUAAGCUUUGUUUUGAUUAAGGUAGAGAACAAGUUCCAAAAGCACAGGGCAAAAGCUUCUCCUCACUGACAGAUGUGUUUCUACACAGGCACAGAUUUGCUCUUCUUUUUACAAAUACCACUAUAUUAUACAGACAAAACACUUUUAGCACACAUUCAUCAGUAAAUGUCCAGGAAGAACAAAUCAAUAUGUCAAA